ACGUUCAGAGCCAAACUACACCCUCUCUACUUUGCUUUGCUACGCUCAUCCUAGCCCUAGCCUGCACUGCUGAACAGACUUGAGAGGAACCAACAUGGUUAUGACCAUGGAGUCCUCUCCCACCAUGCUUCCAACACUGCUGUCCAAUCAGACGACUGAGAGCUGUGAGCCUGUAGACAACACGGUGGAGAAUCUCCUCUUUGGCUUCUACUAUAUCAUAGUCUUUCUUCUCGCUCUGAAUGGUAACAGCCUUGCCCUGUGGAUCUUCUCCCGUCAGAGAGGAGUCUCCUCUCCAGCUAACGUCUUCUUGAUGCACCUUGCUGUGGCUGACCUUUCUUACGUUAUUAUUUUGCCUCUAAGAGCCACAUACCACUUAACAGGAGGUCACUGGCCAUUUGGAGAGGUUCCUUGCCGUGUAGCUGGCUUCCUUUUCUAUGUUAACAUGUAUGCCAGUCUUUACUUCCUGGCGUGUGUAGCCGGCGAUCGAUACCUUGCUGUGGUGCACGCUGUGAGCUCAUUGAAAGUCCGCCAUGCCCGCUUUGCCCACAUAACCAGCUUUGCUCUGUGGGCUCUAGUAAUUGUAGCCAUGGCACCUCUAUUGGUGACCCAGCAGACUAUAGAGGCCAACGGCUCCACAGUGUGCUUGCAGUUGUAUAGAGAGAAAGCUUCCCGCCGAGCCUUAGUCUCCCUCAUUGUUGCAUUCACGCCUCCUUUCCUGGCCACACUCUCCUGCUACCUGCUCAUAGUGAACAGUCUGAGAAGGGGUUUAAGGAUGGAGCCGGUGCUGAAAAUGCGGGCAUUGCGUACCAUCUGCCUGGUCAUGCUCAUCUAUGUGCUGUGCUUCCUGCCAUACCACGUGAGCCGGGCCACAUUUAUCCUGGGCUAUGGACAUCCAGAUCUGUCUUGCCAAACACAGCGAGGUCUAGCCCUGGCUAAUCGUCUCACCUCCUCUCUUACCUGUCUGAACGGAGCUCUGGACCCACUGGUCUACCUUUUUGGAGCAGAGAAAUUCAGAGGCGCCGUGCAAAGACUCCUGUGCAAGGAUAAAUCAGGUGGCUCUGCAGCUACCAGUGGAGAUCUUAAAGGGACACAUGAGAGUUCCUUGAGUGCAAAGUCCGAGUUCUGAGAAAACAGCAUUUUAAAGUCUACAUCUGUCACCUAUAGGCCAGGCUACAUAAUCUGUUUGGUCAAUUUGAUACUGUGUAGGUCUUCAUUUAAUGAAGUACGUGGACACUAGGUUUGGGCGUGUAGACAUUUGAACAUAAUUAAAAGUGUUGACUGGCUGAUGUGUGAUUUUCUUAACCGGAAGUGAAAAAGGGAAGUUAUGCAAAUGCCAAAGACAUCAGCCAGUCGAUUUAGUCUUAUGUUUGUCUGAGAGUAUCUAGGCC